AAAAAUUAUCUCAAAUAUUAAAACAGAUAGAAAGUACAUCGGUUCAUUGCACUCCUUUUAGGGGUGCAUUAUAUAUACAUAAAAGAACUUAAAAAAUAAAGUUUAAGGUCCAUUGAACAUGCCAAAUUGCUCAAAAGAGAAAUUAAAAUUAUGGAUUUCAACAGUGGAAUCUUUCUUGUUCUUUUUUUUUCCUUCUUUUAAAAGAGAACAAAGAAAAAGUAAAUAAAGUGGUAGUAAUAGUAAAGUAAUAUUCUCUUGUCUAUAAUUUGUAGUAGUGAUCUUUAUAAUAUCAUGUAACAUUAUUCUUUCACUAUUUCAAAUUCAAACCCCAAAACAAGCCAAAGAAGAAAGAACCAAAAAAAUGAAACCAUUCAAGAAACUCCACCACCACCAUCAUCAUCAUCAUCAUCAUAUUUUCCUUCUCAUAAUUCUAACAAGUUUUUCUUACUUAACAUCAUAUGCCAUUAAAGAUUCUCUGACAAUUAGUACCUGUGGAAAAAUCCCAAUUCAAGAACCAUUCUUACCAAUUCAAAGUUCAAAUCUUUCAUCCCCAUUCAAUCACAUGCUCCUCUGUCAAUCUCAGAAACUGUACUACAGAACCUCAGUAGGCCUUUACCCAAUCUCCUCCAUUAAUUACACCUCUAAACUUGUUACUAUUUCUGACAAUACUUGUUCUUCUUCUUCUUCUUCUUAUUCAUCUCAUCACACUUAUGUUUCAAUCUCAGCUGGUUUUCCAAAACCAUCAAAACCCAACUCACUUCUUCUCCUCAAUUGCUCAAACAGUAAAAGUACUAACAACAGUGUCUGUCUGUCAUUAUUACAAACAUGUGGUGUGCAUGAAAAUGUUGUUGACAAAAAAAGAUGUUUUGAUAGCUUAUUCAUUAAUGAUUUUGAAAAACUUGACAUGGGUUUUCAUCCUAGAGACUUGAAUUGCUCACAUUACACUAGAUUGUACUAUGAUGAUGAUGAAUUUGACAAUCCCAAAUUGGGGAUUAGGGUUUCUUUUGAUGUGCCUGAUCAUGUGCCUAAUAUUUGUAAUGAAUGUGAAAAAACAAAUGGAAAUUGUGGUGUUGGAUUGAGGUGUAUGUGCCACCCAAAAGAGUGUAAGGACAAAGUAAUUUCUAAAGGUGAAUCCAUAUAUGGUGUUGGUAAAAAUAUGUUGGUCAUUUUGGUUUCUUUUCUAGUAGUUAUGUUUUCAGUUUAAUUUUGAUUAUGUAAUCAAGUAAUUAUUAUUAUGUUAUAAUAUAUAUUCAAUAACUAAAAUAAGUUUUCUAAUAU